AUGGCUUCCCGGCGUUUAGCCUUUAACCUCAACCAGGCUCUGCGCAGUCGCGCCGCCCUGAAGUCCAUCCAGCCCGUCAAGCGUGGCUUUGCUUCUCCCGUUGCCCUCCCGUCCACCACCCAGUCCACCACCCUUUCCAACGGUUUCACGAUCGCUACGGAAUACUCCCCAUGGGCUCAGACGUCGACCGUCGGCGUGUGGAUCGAUGCCGGUAGCCGGGCAGAGACUGACAAGACCAACGGAACCGCGCACUUCCUGGAGCACCUUGCCUUCAAGGGUACCAACAAGCGUUCGCAGCACCAAUUGGAGCUCGAGAUUGAGAACAUGGGUGCUCACCUCAACGCCUACACAUCGAGGGAAAACACCGUCUACUACGCCAAGUCCUUCAACAACGAUGUCCCCAAGGCCGUCGAUAUCCUCGCCGAUAUUCUGCAACACUCCAAGCUCGAGUCUUCUGCCAUUGAGCGCGAGAGGGAUGUGAUUCUCCGUGAGCAGGAGGAGGUUGACAAGCAGCUCGAGGAGGUUGUCUUCGACCACCUUCACGCUACUGCUUAUCAGCGCCAGCCUCUCGGCCGUACCAUCCUCGGCCCCAAGGAGAACAUCCAGACCAUCACCCGCGACAACCUGACCGAGUACAUCAAGACCAACUACACUGCCGACCGCAUGGUCCUCGUUGGUGCUGGUGGUAUCCCCCACGAGGACCUCGUCAGACUCGCUGAGCAGCACUUCGGUUCUCUGCCCAGCAAGCCCCCAACCUCCGCCGCUGCCGCCCUCAGCGCCGAGCAGAAGCGCCAGCCCGAGUUCAUUGGGUCCGAGGUCAGAAUCCGUGAUGACACUCUCCCCACUGCCCACAUUGCCCUUGCCGUUGAGGGUGUCAGCUGGAAGGACGAUGACUACUUCACUGCCCUUGUCGCCCAGGCCAUCGUCGGUAACUGGGACCGUGCCAUGGGCAACUCCCCUUACCUCGGCAGCAAGCUCAGCUCCCACGUUGAGCGCAACAACCUCGCCAACAGCUUCAUGAGUUUCUCUACCAGCUACAGCGAUACCGGUCUCUGGGGUAUCUACCUCGUCUCCGAGAACAUGACUGGCCUCGAUGACCUCAUCCACUUCGCUCUCCGUGAAUGGUCUCGCCUGUCCUUCAGCGUCACCGCCGCUGAGGUCGAGCGCGCCAAGGCUCAGCUCAAGGCUUCCAUCCUCCUCUCCCUCGACGGCACCACCGCCGUUGCCGAAGACAUUGGUCGCCAGAUCAUCACCACCGGCCGCCGCCUCUCCCCCGAGGACAUUGAGCGCACAAUCGGACAGAUCACCGAGAAGGAUGUGAUGGAGUUCGCCAACCGCAAGCUCUGGGAUCAGGACAUCGCCAUGAGCGCUGUUGGCAGCAUCGAGGGUAUCCUCGACUACAACCGUAUCCGAUCGGACAUGAGCCGAAACGCCUACUAA